CUCUCUCUCUCUCUCUCAUGAAAAUGCUGACAAGAACUUCCCUUUCGUGGCCAUGGAAGCACAAUCGGUGGGAAAACUUCAAACUCUACACCACCCAUCAUGAAGAGAAUAAAACUUCUUAUUCUUAUAUUGUGUCUACCAACAACAGGAUAACGAAGCUGGCCAAAAGUGGUAACCUCGACGUUGCUCGCCACAUGUUCGAUCUAAUGCCAGCACGAACCGUUGUGUCCUGGAACGCCAUGAUUUCGGGUUACUCCAAAUGGCGUAAAUACAACGAGUCCCUUGCUCUGCUUUCACUGAUGCACCGCUCCAAUACGAAAACCAAUGAGACCACAAUAUCGACUACACUAAGUGCGUGCGCACAAUCGCAGUCUUUACAUUAUGGGCAACAGAUCCAUUGCCUUGUCUCAAAAUCCGGGUUAGACACUUUCAAGCUAGUGGGGAGUGCAUUGUUGUAUUUUUAUGCGAGUUGCUUGAAAAUUGAAAGUGCGAAGCAGGUUUUUGAUGAAUUGAUUGAUCAUAAUGAGCUACUAUGGAGUUUGAUGCUUGUGGGUUAUGUGCAGUGUGGGCUAAUGGAUGAAGCUUUGAAUGUUUUCAAAAAAAUGCCUAAACGAGAUGUUGUUUCGUGGACUACAUUGAUAUCUGGAUAUGCAAAGAGUGAGUAUGGAUGUGGGAAGGCUAUGGAGUUGUUCUGGUGGAUGAGGGGAAGUGGAGAGGUUGUUCCCAAUGAGUUCACAUUGGAUUCAGCUGUUAGGGUUUGUGGUAGGCUUGGUGAUUUCCAGGAAGGAACAGUUAUACAUGGCAUCUUGAUAAAAUGUGGGCUUGAACUUGACUACUCAAUUGGUGGUGCUUUGAUUGAGUUCUACUGUUGCUGUGAAGCUGUAGACGAAGCUAAGAAGGUUUAUGAUAGUAUUGUAAACCCAUCUUUGAAUGCUUCAAAUAUGCUAAUCUCAGGGCUCACAUCGAUGGGUAAGAUUGAAAAUGCAGAGAUGGUUUUUAACACGCUAGCAGAGAAAAAUACAGUUUCAUACAAUUUGAUGAUUAAAGGGUAUGCUAUAUGUGGUAGAGUUGAGGAGUCUAAGAAAUUGUUUGAGGAGAUGCCUCAGAAAACAUUAGUUUCUUCAAAUACUAUGAUUUCUGUGUAUUCUAGGAAUAGUGAAAUUGAUAAAGCUUUGAAGGUUUUUGAAGAAGAAAAAGAGGAGAGAAAUCCUGUGACAUGGAAUUCAAUGAUGUCUGGCUACGUUCAAGAUGAUCAGCAUGAAGAGGCUUUGAGGCUUUACAUGACAAUGAGAAGAUUAUCUAUAGACUGUACUAGAUCGACGUUCUCUGUUCUUUUCCACGCAUGUUCAUGCCUUGGAUCUCUUCAACAGGGACAGUUACUUCAUGCCCACUUGGCUAAGACACCAUUCGUGUCUAAUGUCUAUGUUGGAACAUCCCUUGUAGAUAUGUACGCCAAGUGUGGGAGCCUUGCCGAUGCUCAAAGUUCAUUUGCUAGCAUCUCUGCACCAAAUGUGGCAGCCUGGACAGCUCUUAUUAAUGGACAUGCACAUCAUGGACUAGGCUCUGAGGCAGUCCUACUUUUUCAGCAUAUGGUAGAGCAAAAAAUAGACCCAAAUGCAGCUACAUUUGUUGGAGUCCUCUCAGCAUGCCGUCGUCUUGGUAUGGUCAAUGAAGGGAUGGAGUUCUUUUUCUCCAUGGAGAACAUUUAUGGAGUAAUUCCAACUUUAGAACACUAUGCAUGUGUGGUGGAUCUCCUUGGUAUGUCAGGUCUUCUACUAGAAGCUGAGGAAUUCAUAAGACAGAUGCCAGUUAAGGCAGAUGCCAUUAUCUGGGGAUCUUUGCUCAGUGCUUGUCGGUUCUGGAAAAACAUGGAAGUUGGUGAGAGGGUGGCUGAGAAGAUGUUAUGUUUGGAUCCAAAUUCGACAGUAGCUUAUGUACUUAUGUCCAACAUAUAUGCAGGAUUGGGAAAGUGGGGAGAGAAGAUGGAUAUGAGGAAGAGAUUGAAGGAGUUGGAAGUUAAGAAGGAUCCUGGGUGUAGCUGGAUUGAAUUGAAUUGUAGACUUCAUGUGUUCUCUGUGGAGGAUAGAACACAUCCAUAUUGUGAUGUAAUUUAUGCCACUUUAAAGCAUCUAAUGGCAAAUGCGAACUCCGUAGUUGAAUUUGACUUUGUAUGUAUUCCAAUACUAACAGAUAAAGUUUCUUUUCAUAUAACAUGCUGUUGUUGAUCAUAAAACUCAUCCAUUUCUCUUUUG